AUGUAUCAAAAUCGUGUUGCGCCUCCAGUACCAGGAGGUACUACUGCAACUGCAAACCUGGCUGAUCCACAUGUACCUCAAGGGUCUGGUGUAGUUGUUGCCAAUCGACAAAUUGUUCUGCUACAUCUAACACUGGAAGAAAAUAGAGAGGAACAGCAGUUGAUGGAGUAUGAAGCAAAUCAGAUUCUGAAUCAGAAUAGGGCACAGGCUGUUGGUCGUCCUUAUAGAAAUCAAAACGGUGACGCAACAGUAAAUGCCAAUCAGCAACAAGAUUUUGAAGUAGGAGUUGAACAAACUUUAAACGCUGAAGAAACAUUUUCAAGGAUGGUAGAAGAUAUGAUGUAUGCUAAGAUACCUGACAAGUAUGAAGAACCAACUAUUGUCAAAAUGACUGUCGCAGGAAUUCAAGAUUACAAGGUAAAAUUAGCUGUUGAACCACAUUCCAUCCGAUCUUUAAAUCAUUUGGUGGAUAUUGUAAGGCGGUGCAAAAAGGUAGGAGCACCAGCUGGAACACCAGGACAAGUUGAAGAAGCUAAUGUUGGACGGGUUUAUUAUUUCGAUAUUUCUCACAUCAAGUCCGAAUGGUUGAUUUGGGAUUCGGAGGUUCUCCCCUCUGAUACAUGUCGAAUAACAGGUUGUGAUGAUUGUGACAAAGUUUUUGGUCGAGUAAAAUGUCAGCUUCAGGAACUAGGAUCCAAAAUUGGAGGACAUUUACAUCGACAAGUAUCACGCCAACCUGCAAUAGAAGUAGACAUUGUGAUAAAUGGGCAAACGCAGACUUGGGUACAGAAAGAAACACAUUUAGAUCUAGAACAAGAGAAGUUGCGAGUAGUCUCAGAUGCUAUACUGAGUGCUUUGAAUCAACAACAACAGCCAAAUGUGCAACAUUUAGAAACACGAGACAUAACUCCUCUGCCAAAAAAAUGUUUGCCUUUGCAAACAAGAUUCGGGAAGCCAAUGAAUGCUGAAAGGAUCAAUGACCAGUGUAAUGAUCAGACUCGCCGACCGUCGGCGUGGCAACGGAUCGGAAGACCUGCAACACAGAGUAACAUUCUGUCAAGGGUUGUUAAAGCAGUGUCCGUGAAUGAUGGAUUUCCAUCGAUCAAGUUCUUGAGACAAGAACAGAGGCGAUCACAAUUCUGGGAAAGGCCAGAUACAUAUUUCCCACCAGUAAACAUGGAAUAUACACUGCCAAAGUCAUUUUGUCUGCAAACUGCUUUAUCUUCGACACCCCUGGCCCCAAAACCUAUUGAAAACCCAGUUAUGGUUCCUGAGACAACUUCGUUUGUCAUGGAGCCAUAUGAUACUACAAUGGGUGGAAUUCAGUUAUUGUUGCAAGAAGGUAAAAGUCUAGUUAUCAUGCUUUCACAACCGGCAGAAGAUGCUACGUCACAUAUUAGACCAUUGUACAUCUGUGCAGUUAUAGACGGCAUCACGUUUAAAAGAGUAUUAGUAGACAAUGGAGCAGCUAUAAAUAUCUUGCCAUCAAGGGCUUUACGUAAGCUGGGCAAGCACCUACACGAUCUCGUAUCAACUGAAGUUUUUGUGAGUGAUUUCUUCACAGGAGAUGUUACAAGUACCAAGCUAUUGAAGAAGUUUCCAAUCAAGACAAUUGAACAGCUAGAGAUAUUGAGUGCAGAAGAUUUAGAUGCUGAACUGUUAAAGGCAAAACAAAAACAGGAAGCAAAUGGGCAAGUACUACAAUAUUUUGAAAAUGAACAUCAACGGGAAACUGAAAUGCCGUCAGUAUGUUGGGAUGAUGAGAUUUACGACACUGAUCCAAUCUCCGACAGUGAUGUUAUAGAAUUGAAUGAGUUAGCCACUGCAACGUCAAAACUCAGUGAUGACGUGGUUGUUACUAAAGAGCCAGUCAAAGCAGUAACUUUAGCCGUAGGUGAUCUUCUUGCAUCUCAGUUUCAGCAUAUCGAAUUUUACAAUGUUGAAAGAGACUUCAAUACUGAUGCCAAUGACAUGGCACAGUUAGCUUUAGAGUACCUUAAAGCGCCACUUGAUCCAGACAUUGCUUAUGACACCGUGGAUUUCGACGCUCUGGCAUAUGUUCGAUGCCAUCCAAUAGAGGUCCUUUCUGUUGACACUGAUGAUACCACAAGAGAUUGGUGUACACCGAUAAUAAACAUAUUAAGAUCAUAUCCAGGAGAUUCGAUUGUAGAACUUGACCUUGGAGUUGAAGGAAAGAGAAAAGAGGAAGAAGAAUCAGAGGAUUGA